CGGAACUGUACGGACCAAUGGACGGGAAGCGAACAAAGCCAAAGCGGGUCCAAUAAUUGCUCGACCGAGGCGAGUAUCUUCCACACCGCGCUGCGCUGCACACCAACUCACUCCGCCCGCCGCCGCCGCCGACGACGACGACGGAAGACGAGCCCUUUUUUCCACACCGCGGCCGCCGACCGAAUCUGCAGGUCUCUUGAUUGGUGGUUCCAACUUCUCUGCCUUCUUUUAGGUGGAGCUUCAACAAUGCCUCCAAAAAGUGUUGCUGAUGAGUUUGUUGAUCACCGUCUGCUAAGUCGAGUUCAGACUUUUCCUGAUUCACAAGAUCUACAACUUCCAAGCCAUAUGGAGAAGUACGCCAAGAACGACCCUCCAUGUCAGACAACGCAAUGCACAAAUGUGGCGGUGCAGCAGUACAACGCCCAGCAGGUGGAGAGUGGUAAGAAGAUAAGGCGAGCUGUUGGAGUGGACAGUCAAAUGUUUGUUUUGUCUCAGAACGACCCAGUCAGCUACUGGCACCUAUACUUCAAGGGUUCGGUGGGGAGGAAAAAGUGCAAGUUCUUUGCCGAGCUGAGCGGCGUAGGAGGGCCGAAGGAGCUAAGGAUCUGUGUAUUCGUGGACAAAGCAAUAGCUGCUUCUGUUGUGAAUUGCAACCAUUGCUUUGGAGGAAUCUGGCACCCUCUACAAAAUUUUCUUGGAUGCAAAGAAGAAGAAGAAGAAGAAGAAGAAGAAGAAGAACAACAACAACAACAAGAUGAUGAGGAGGAGGAGCAACAUAAGAAGAAGAAAAGAAAGCACGGCUGAGUUUAUAAGUUGGACUGGCUUGAUUCUGAUUAGCGUGUCAGGCAGGAUUUUUGUUUUUGUAUCAUGCGUCAGUUGAUCCCCCUACUGUGUAUCGAAAGCUAGCAACUGGGUGCAUGCUCCUGAAGUGCUGAACUGCGACCGUGGUGAGUUGGUCAUCCCGCAGCUAGCUGCAUAUGUGUGGGUUGCUCAUAUGGUUGGCACAAGCAGUUAUGAUAUUUAUUGUCUUUGAUAAGAAAAGCACAUUUUUCUUCU